AAUUUGUAUCUUACCACUUAAAAAAUUUAAAAUUUGUUCUCCGCAUAAACUAUAAAUCAUAACAUUUCUAGAAACUUAUAUGUAAGUUAUUAUGAGGGAUUUUUAUCUCACCCUGUUUAAUCUAUAUACAUAAAUGUACAUAUGUGUAUGCUGAAAGGUAUAUUUAAAUGUACUCCGUAUAAAAUAAGCUUGCACACAUAUGAAUUUUGUUGUUUACUGUUAUAAAUGCAAAGUAUUUGGUAUUUGUAUUAAAUGAAUACAAAAUUGCGAGGUGGUAUGUAUUUAGCAGUAUUUUUCGCUCAACGAUUAAGUUAGAAAGUUGUCAAUGAAACUAUAGGACGAACAUACUUUUUUUCUAUAUUUAUUUUUAGAGUUUGAAAAAUAACUAAUGCCUGCAUAUGCCAUUUAUUUAAGUUCUUACUUAUGUACCGCACAUUGUCUUAGAGAGCGAGCUAUAACUAGAUCCAAAUUUAUGGAACCUUAUAUUUUUCGCAUCAUUAGUGUAUAUUAUUUUGCGAAAGCAUGCGUACAACAGGCCCUGUUUUCACAUUUUCUAGCUAGAUCCAAGAUCAAGGUCUUUGUAAUAGUCUGAACAAUUUCUUAAUUGUUAAAAAAAAUGUUUUCCUACUGGAGCAGAAAGAGUAUUCCAAGCAAAAUUGAGGAAAAAAAAGAUGAAACAUUGUUGUCAAGCCAAAAUAUUUUAGCAACAGAAGUAAGAAUGGACAAGGAAAAGAUGGUACCGUCAACUACAGAUAAGCACGUCCUGGAAUUUCAAGAUUUUCUAAGGCGUGUUCAGACCUUACAGAUGUCACAUAUUGAAACUAGUGAAAAUGAAGAUUUAGUAGUCAAUCAGCCCAAUAUGUGCAGUUUGAUGGCUAUUGAAGUCGGCGAGGAACCUCCGACCACGUCUGAAACUGAUAAUAUUGAUGUUGUAUAUCCGUUAUCGGUACCGCGAUCAAGUGAUUGUGAAUAUAUGCCUAUGGCUACAACAAAUAUUCGGGUGACAGUUGGUAUUGACAAAGAUUUAGAAAUGAUUCUUGAAAUGGAUCCGAGUAUUGUUGAUUUAGGUGAAAUUGGCAUUGCCGAAACAAGAGAGCCGCGCAUUGUGGGUUUACCUCCACUUUCGGGUGGACCGACAUUCAAAACUGCCACUCCUACUUCACGGACGCAACUGAAACUUCAGUUACAACGGGAACAACAUCAACAACAACAACAAAUGAUCAUACAGCAACAGACACUGGAUUCGCCAGACCCAAAAAUGCAUCUAUUGUUUGGCAGUGGACAGGGAUCCAUGGAAUCUGAAUUCAUCGACAGCGGUAGUACGAGUGCUUGUGGCAGUGGGUCAUCUAGUUUAGAACAAAUGUCACAAUUAGUGCAAAUGGAUAAUUUAAUUGAUUCGUCAACUGGAGUUAAACUUAAAGUUCCUCUUCAAAGUAUUGGCGUAGAUGUGCCACCCCAAGUGCUGCAGGUCAGUACAGUUCUUGAAAACCCGACUAGGUAUCACGUUAUUCAAAAGCAAAAGAAUCAAGUAAGACAAUAUCUUAGCGAAUCAUUUAAGCCCUCUAUUUGGGGCUGUCAUAACAGCGAAAUGAAACUGACAAAUAACUCUGCGUCGACUGGGAAUCUUCAGAGUUCAUCCUUAGAGAAAAGCGUCAGCGUUCCGUUGGGUCGUACUAACAGUUUUGCGUGUGACACAGCUGCUACUGCCAAAAUAUCAAUGCAUUCCGAUGACAUAAUGACAAUUUCACAUUUUGGUGACAAUUUUCAAGGAAGUGAUAACAUAAAUCCCAAUGACCCAAUUUUAUUGGGACGUAUAAACCAAAUUUCUGGAGAAUCAGUUGUUUCACAAAAAAACACCCAGUUGGGAUUUGCUAAAGCUAAUUCAAGUCAAAGUUCUUCUGCCAUGCGUGCAUCUUCAGGAAUUAUUAACUCAAUAAGGCUUUGCAGUACAACAAGCUCGUUGCAGUCUACUUCAGCACCCAUUUCGCCAAGUUUAAGCUCGGUUGCAACAAGUGCUUCGGAGCUACCGUCUUUUGACAGCGAUCCAGAUGACCUUUUCGAUGAUAUAUUGCAAAAUGAUUCGUUUAACUUUGAUAAGAACUUCAAUUCGGAGCUUUCAAUUAAGCAGGAGCCUCAAAAUUUAACUGAUGCUGAAAUAAAUGCCUUGGCAAAAGACAGGCAAAAGAAGGAUAACCACAAUAUGAUUGAGCGUAGGCGACGUUUUAAUAUUAAUGACAGGAUCAAAGAGCUUGGUACUCUUUUGCCAAAAGGCAGUGAUGCCUUUUACGAAGUUGUUCGAGAUAUUCGUCCAAACAAAGGGACAAUCUUGAAGUCCUCUGUAGACUAUAUAAAAUGCUUGAAACAUGAGGUGACGCGGUUAAGACAAAAUGAGUGUCGUCAACGUCAAGUGGAGUUGCAAAAUCGAAAACUAGUUUCUCGAAUAAGGGAAUUGGAAUUACAGGCGAAGUCAAACGGAAUUUCUAUAUCAGACUACCAUUUAACAUCUGUAUCAGCGCCUUCUCAAGCUAACGCAUAUCUUAAAAGUACAAGUCUGUCGCCAUCCGUUUCUCGAAGCCGUCGAUCAGUUUUUGACCUACCCGUUGAAAAAAAAGUACAAGUUAUACACAGUAGUGAUGUCAAUAUGGGAAUGAAUCAGAUCGAUGAACUCAUGGAGGAUUGCAAGCACCCAGUACAAGGCGGGGACCCGAUGUUGUCUUCACAUAGCCACAUGCAAUCUGCACCGCAAUCGCCGUCUGCAAAUCAAUUGAAUUGUGAAAGUUUUGAACCAAAGAAAGUCUCGGAAGCUGAAUCAGGUCUUUUUAGGGACAAGUCUAGUUUAGGAGCAGAUGAUUGUUGCAGUAUAAAUUGUAGUACUUCUUGCUAUAUUCAGCACCAUUUACCUACACACGAGGGUCAUCCAAAUCAUUGCCACCAUCCCAGUAUACGUGAUAUCCAUGGCUUAUCUGACUCAGUUCAAAGCUCUGAGUUUAGUAGGCUUGAUCAUUGCGAUAGCAAUCCACUACUGUCAUCUUCCCAUAGAUCACUUGGUACAGUAGACGAAGAUCAGCAUAGUUCAGUUGAUAUAUCUGCGGUUAUGAUAAACGACUCACUUUCCUCAUUAGUAGAUGACAGAAACAGUGAGCCCAUGCUUCUUACUUCUGACACGUUAGAUAUUGACUUGUAAAUUAACAAAAUGUGUAGAAACUGAGUGUAGUUUUUAUUUUAAAAUAUUUGAGGUAGUAAGGCUUAGGCUCAAAUUCUUAAGGUUCAAUAUAGUCCAAUAAAUGUGUUGAAAUUCUAAAUACUGUACUCUCUCAGUGGUAUUACGCAUCCAAUUUUAAGAUAAAACCUUCAAGAAUAUAUUAUUAUCGGUAUUUUAAAAUUUUAUAAAUUUUAUUAGUAAUUAUGUUUUUAACAAAUGUAUAAUUGUUAUCUUACCUUAAAUGUUAUUUAUGAUUAUUCUAACCGACAAAACCUAUAGUAUAUUCGUUACUUAAGUUUUAAUAAUAGGAAACUUGUGGACUGUGAGGAAACAAAUAAAAAUAUAAAUACUUAACGUCAAAAAAUACAAA